CAGUUAGUUGGUUAAUUAUUAGUUGAGUUGGUUUAGUGUUAUCUUUCUCCAGUCGAUGUCGCCAUGACCCAAACUGAGGAGGCCUGUGACUCACCUGUUCAGACCACCUGAGUUCAAAAUGGAGGCUACAGCAGGCCCAGAGAGCAUCACAAUGAUUUGCUUAUCCAGAUGUAAGUGAAGAGCCAUGGAUGUCCUCUCUUUUGGGAAUCUCCAGACGUUUGGGAAGAAAAUAGAGGUUAAAAAUCUGCUAAAUGAGUUAGCAGCAACCUGGAUCCUCCACAUGCAGAUCUCAAAACUGCCCCUGUGCCGGGGAGACAAUUUCUCAUCAGGCACCAGCAGCCGCAGCACCGAGCUCAUUCACGGAGGAGUCCGAUAUCUACAGAAAGCCAUCACGAAAUUGGAUUACAAACAGGAGCCUUAUUUUGCUAUCUGUAGGAACAUACGAAGGUCCUGGAGAAACAGCAGUAAACCUUUCCUUACAUAAAGGCUUGGAGUUGGGGAAGAUGGAGAAGUUCAGCCGAAUGGUAGUAAACUUUACAAUCACCUUUGGGCUGAGAGGACCAUUGGAGUGUAAGGGAGAUGGAGGAGCGGUCCACGGCGUCUCUGCACCAUCUCGCCUUUGCUCUCUCAGACUUCGGGUGAACUCAGGGGCCUUGAUUUGAUUGGUGCAGCUUUGAAUCAUAAGCUUUAAUUGUGCCUGACAUUUAAAGCUUCUCUCUGGUAUUUAAAGCAGUGUACAGGUGUGGCUCAUUACUGAGAGGGGGGAUAGGAGAUUUUCUGAUUUCUCUCUCAUUGCUGAUCUGUGGCAGCGUCUUAACUCAUCAUGCUGCCUGUCACCAUCCACGAAACCCCUACCUCACUCGCACAAAGCCACACGUGACCCAGCUAUCAUCAGUCAAAGUGGAGUUCAGGCCUAUCAUGAAAUGAUGGGCACCUUUUUUAGUGCUGCAAACACUGUCAAAGAGCGGGAGGCUGCAGACGGGGAAUAAAAAGACUGUUAACUUGCACAUGCUGCUUACCCUUCAGAGGGUGAAUCUUUUAUAGUAUUGCAAGGUGGUGAUUCACAUACUCUACUGCACUCAUGCAAGACAAACAGGUUGUUUAUUAUGCUCAAAGCCUGAAAUCCUUUCUUGAGCAAUUUAAGGUGUUCUGAGCACAUUAUAAUGCACCAUGAAAGUAUACAGUACCAAUCACUUUGUGCAGUGUUAAAAAUUGUAGCACUUAUCACAGCUGGAGAUGCAGAUAGCAGCAGUCUGACUGCAAAUUGUAGAAAUCUACAUCUGUCCCACGAUCUGUCCUGUGUGACUGCAAAAGUAGUUGUCACUUGUUUAUGUGAGCAAGUGUGAGAAAAUGCAUUUAGCUCUCAGAAAUAUAUACAUUUAUUCUGCAGUAGUUUCAAAAUGUAGCACAUCUAUAGAGCUGAAUUGUGCAUUUGAAACCCUCUUUGUUGCUAUUUUAAGAUACGAUAUGUGACCAUUCUUCAUUAAAAUUUCUAAAAUUAACUGGACACAUAACUAUGUAUUUUGUUCUGUACGUACAUUAUGUACGUACAUUAUCCAAAUUGUUUGCAACAAUGCUCAAACCCAGAAAAAUCCAUAUUUAUUCAAGGUAACAAGAUGUUUCUUUUAAUUGUGUGUAUCUAUUUAACGUGGAGCUUUGCUCGUCUGUGCUUUAACGUCCGGGGCAAAGGACGUGUGACUGUUUGUAUUGGUUACUCGAUCAUUCAUUGUCGUUUGCUGCAAAGCCUGAAUAAAGC